ACAGGGAGACGACCUUGCAGUCAUGGCUGCCGCCUCCCGCUCCCGGGUCGCGCACUUGCUGAGGCUACUGCAACGCGCAGCAUGCCAGUGCCCAACUCAUUCUCAUACUUAUUCCCAAGCUCCUGGGCUUUCACCUUCAGGAAAAACAACAGAUUAUGCCUUUGAGAUGGCUGUUUCAAAUAUUAGAUAUGGAGCAGGAGUUACAAAGGAAGUGGGAAUGGACCUACAAAACAUGGGUGCUAAAAAUGUUUGUAUGAUGACAGACAAGAAUCUCUCCCAACUCCCUCCUGCACAAAUAGUUAUGGACUCCCUAGUGAAGAAUGGUAUAAACUUUAAGGUUUAUGAUAAUGUGAGGGUGGAACCAACUGAUAGAAGCUUCAUGGAAGCUAUUGAGUUUGCCAAAAAGGGAGCUUUUGAUGCCUAUGUUGCUGUGGGUGGUGGCUCCACCAUGGACACCUGUAAAGCCGCUAAUCUGUAUGCAUCCAACCCUCACUCUGAUAUCCUAGAUUUCGUCAGUGCCCCCAUUGGGAAGGGAAAACCUGUGUCUGUGCCUCUUAAGCCUCUGAUUGCAGUCCCAACUACUUCAGGAACUGGAAGUGAAACUACUGGAGUUGCCAUUUUUGACUAUGAGCCCUUGAAAGUAAAAAUUGGCAUUGGUUCCCGAGCCAUCAAACCCACACUGGGACUUAUUGACCCUCUGCACACCCUGCAUAUGCCUGACCGGGUAGUCGCCAACAGUGGCUUUGAUGUGCUUUGCCACGCCCUGGAGUCCUACACUGCCCUUCCCUACCACAUGCGGAGCCCCUGCCCUUCAAACCCCAUCUCUCGGCCAGCCUACCAGGGCAGCAAUCCCAUCAGUGACAUCUGGGCCGUCCAUGCCCUGCGAGUCGUCGCUAAGUAUCUGAAAAGGGCUGUCAGAAAUCCUGAUGAUCUUGAAGCAAGGUCCAGCAUGCACUUGGCAAGUGCUUUUGCUGGCAUUGGCUUUGGAAACGCUGGUGUUCACCUGUGCCAUGGAAUGUCUUACCCAAUUUCAGGCUUAGUGAAGACAUAUAAAGCAAAGGAUUAUAAUGUGGAUCACCCACUGGUGCCUCAUGGCCUGUCUGUGGUGCUCACCUCCCCAGCUGUGUUCACUUUCACGGCACAGAUGUUUCCUGAGCGGCACCUGGAGACCGCAGAAAUAUUGGGAGCUGACACCCGCACUGCCAGGACCGCAGAUGCUGGGCCUGUUUUAGCAGACACACUCCGGAAACUCUUAUUCGAUCUCGAUGUGGAUGAUGGCCUAGCUGCCAUUGGUUACUCCAAGGUCGAUAUCCCUGCAUUAGUGAAAGGAACGCUGCCCCAGGAAAGGGUCACCAAGCUUGCACCACGCCCUCAGUCGGAAGAGGAUCUAUCUGCCUUAUUUGAAGCUUCAAUGAAACUGUAUUAAUUUUCAUUUUCACCAAAAGAAUUACCAUUGGCUAUCAUGGUUUUGAAAUCAGAAGCUGGUCUAGCCAGAGCUUUGUCUCUUCAUCUCCACACAUAACUUAUCUGUUACCAGUUUAAAUGUGAUAAUAAAUUUAUCCUGCAGAAGAUUCCAUGAUGCUCAAAGUCAAGCUACUUACAUAAUACAGGUUAGACAAGUGCCCACAGUGUUGGACCCUGGUUUGUGUUCCUGCCCUAAACCCUGCAGAUGGCCCCUGCUUCCUCUAUCAAAUGGGUAAAAACUCAGUAUCUAUCCAAAAUGUUAAUGUACAUACCCUAUGCCCAGUAAUCCAUGUCUAGAAAUUCAUACUAUAGAAGUACUCACAUGAGUGUGUAAAGAAAUACAGCAAAGAUGUUUCUGGCAGCACUUUUUCUAAUAAAAUUUGAAAGAACCUAAAUAUUCAUUAAUAAUAUAUUGAUAAAUAAAUUACAGUAUAUUAAAUAAUGGAAUGCCAUUGUGCUAUUAAUAAGAAUGAGGUAAAACUAUUGAAAAUAUGUUUGUGAUAUACUGCCAAGUUGGAGAAAAGUAAGUUACAGAACAAUUAUAUAUUAGUAUGGUAUGAUUUUUAUGUUUUUAAUUAUAAAUAAAUAGAUGUCUACAUGUACAUAGAAAAGAAGGAUACAGUCAAAAUAUUAAAAAUUAUCACUGCAGAAAUGGAAUUUAGGGGAUAGAGAAUUAAGAGGUAAUAUUCACUUUAUAUUUUAUAUUUUCACUUUUUAUUUUAUGAACAUCUAUAUUGUUUGGAUCUGUUGCAAUAGCAUAAGUCUUCUCAUUUUAAAGGGGGGAAGAAAAGAAAUAAAAAUAUCACUUUACUGUUUUAGGUCAGAUUUAUCUUCUUUUAUAAAAAUACUAGUAACAUAUUUAAAAGGUAAAAACAAAUACAAAGGGGUAUAAUAUUAGCGAUCUAUCCUCUGGCAAAUAAAUUGUUCUUUUGAGAAAAAAA